UGUAUAAACAAAGGAAUGAUAUUAAACACAAAAGAAGGAGGAAUACCUAUGAGUACAAACUUCUUAUGUUUGUAGUUAUUGUUCUAUAUAACAAUAAAUGUAUUUUUAUUGACUGUCAAUCAAAAUCAUCGAUGCAAAAAAAAAGAAUUAAAAAAAAAUAAAGGGCAUGGAAUUACAAGAAAAGGAAGGGCAACUUUUAGAGACAAUCAACACUAAGUCGGAACACACAUCCAAUUUACUCCUUCCAAUCUAUCGGUAUUUUGCUUCAAUUUUUUUAUUGACCACACACUUUCCUCAAUUCAUCAUUUUUAUAUGUUCUCUUUUACCUAUCUAAUAUUCAACCACUUCCAUCAUUUUUUUAUUGUUGUCAAUUUGCGUGUCCUCACACUUUUAGUUGGAUUUAUUGUCUUCCUUUUUAAAUGUCGAAGAUGGCAAUGAAAGAAGAACAAUGGGGGAAAGUAUGUUGGACAAUAAAAACUAUGUACAUUUUUGCCGAAAAGAAUUUUUGAAAAAGAGAAGAGCUCUAAAUAUAUUUUUAUUUUUUCAUUAACUAUAAGAGCCGACAACCAACUAACAACAAUAAC